AGGCUGCGCGCGGGCCACGCGCGGCGGCGACUCGGGCUAGGCAGCCGCGUUGCCCCACUGCCCUUCGGUGCGCGCAGGUCCGCUCCCCUUCCAAAAACUGCGGAGCGGGAGGCGCGGCCGCUAGUUCGAGAGCUCGGCCGGGGCAGCGCAGCCGCCGGCCGCCCCUCACUCCCGGGCGCCACAACCCCGCGCCCUCGCCGCUGCUGCGUCCCGCGAGACCUGUGUGGAGUCCGGGAGUCACUUCGGAUUCCCUUUCAGCGCACGUGUUCCUGGGACACUCCACCCAGGAACCCAGGCGGAACCGCCCAGGGAUUCCUAGCAGCGGGGUUCUGGCCGCAGCACGCGUUGCAGCAGCCUGGCGAGCCUCCUUGCGGCCUCCAAGUGCCGGUGGGGUGCGUGCGCAGGGGGCAGAAAAAUCAUGUCUUCUUCCAGAGUGGGACUCCGUUUGGCUGCCUGUUUACUAAACAUUUCAGAAGCCAGAAGAAAAUACAUUGUUGAGAACAUAGCAAAAGCAGCUCUUCUUGACAAAAAUGGAAAGAAACAUCCUCAAGUGUCAGUGCUCAAUAUAUUUUCUGAUCAAGACUACAAUAGAUCAGUCAUUACAAUAGCAGCUUCUGUUGAUAAGUUGGGCCUUGCUGAGGAUCUGGUGCGGCAUGUUCCUGGCUGUAGCGUGUUUCUCUUUGGCGAAGCUGACCUGCCUGAGAAGCGUAGUCUUGUCCAGAGAAGGAAGCAGCUGGGUUGGUUCACGAGGAGAGAUUUCAGUGCUCUUCAGCCUGACCUGGGAGCUGCCCCUGCCCGAAGAUGUGGUUUAACAGGUGUUGGUGCCAGCCCGUAUGUGAUGAACUGCAACAUUACCAUAGAUUCUCAAGACAUGUCUGCAGGAAGAGAGAUCGCUAGUGCCAUUCGGGGCUCAAAUGCAAAUGGAUUGAAGGGUGUCCAAGCGAUGGCUUUUCCCCACGAGGGAAAAAUUGAAAUAGCCUGCAACGUGGAGAGUUUUGAUGACCAAGAAGCUGCAGAAAUGUCAGAAGACUUCCAAUAUGUGUCUUACAGUGUCCUUGGUGAUCAGUUUUCUUACGUGUCUCCUCAUUACAUAGAAGCUCAAGUUAAAAAGUUGGCAAGUGAUUGGGGAAUUGGUACUAAAGGGAGAGCAUUAGUUGGAUUUACACCCCAAGAGUGCAAGAACUGUGCUGAAUAUGCUAUAAAGGAAAAUAUUGGGGAAUUCUGGAAGAUUUGGGGAGGUGUUUUCAUGUGAUCCAAUCUAAGGCCUCACUGAAAUUUUAAGGAAAAUUAUUAGUCGUUACAAAUUUCUUUUGGGCAGUGAAGAUGUGGAGAAACUACAAAGAGCUUAGUUGCAGCCAUGUAUUGGAAAAUUGAAAGCAUUCUUUGUUCAACAACAACAAGUGUUCAUAGAUUAUUCUUAAUUACCUUGUAUUUCUAGUCAUUGUUACAAUUUCGAGAGAAUCUACUUUGUAUCAUGUGCUAGUAAUUUGUGAGCAUUAGAAGCUCUUCUCAAUCAACUGAGUAAAAUGGCCAUGGUUUCUGAACCAUCUUUCAUUAUUAUAAGAAAACAAGAUAAAAUGGACUUGAUUGGAUUUUCCUGAAUGAACUCUCAAGUUCCAUAUUCAACUCUCAUGUUUUGAGUAAUUACUACUUUAUUUAUUUAUUUUUUUGAGACAGGGUCUCACUCUGUCACCUAGGCUCAUGGAUCAUUGCAGCC